AUGGAAUGGAUAAGUGAAAUAGACGAAAUAGAAAACAUAAAAAUUCCCAGGUUAUAUUUCACUGAUUUUGAGUGGGGAGCAUCAGAAGUUCAUAUAUUUUCAGACGCAAGUCCAAAGUGCUAUGGAUGCGUGGCUUACUUUCGAAUGAAACACGGGGAUGGAUAUUUAACAAAAUUUAUGAUAGCGAAAUCUCGAGUAGCCCCAUUAAAAGGGUUGACUCUCCCACGAUUGGAAUUAAUGGGUGCAUUAAUUUCUUCAAGGUUGGGAUCUUACUUGCAAGAUACGUUCCACAAGCUAGAGAAACAGAAGAUUUUCUAUUGGACUGAUUCGCAGAUAUGUCUCCAUUGGAUCAAGGGAAAUGCUGAUGAGUGGAAGCAGUUUGUUAGAAACCGUGUAAAGGAGAUUCAAACGAAAACAAAUCCAUCGAAUUGGUUUUUUUGCAACGGAAAAGAUAAUCCAUCUGACAAACUUACGAGAGGAAUCAGAGUUCAAGCCUUAGUCAAUGAUAAAGUGUGGUUCUAUGGACCUGCUUGGCUCAGUGAGCUAGACAUGUCAUGUAACAUGGAAAGUGCUAAUGUUGACAUUGAUGUUCAUUGUGCUGAAGAGAGAAAGCGAAGCGUUGUAACCUUACAAACGAACAUUGAAUCCUCUCAACCUUUGCUGAAUCUGGAAAAUUACAGCGACUUAAACAAAGUAUUAAGAAUAACAAGUUACAUCAUGAGAUUCAUCAAAAACUGUAGAGCUACUAACGAAAUGAAAACGGGUAGUAUUACGGCCAACGAAAUGACGGACGCAGAAAGGUAUUGGAUUCGAACUGUUCAGCAAAGUGAAUUUGAGAAAGAAUAUUCUCAGCUAAAGAAUAAAGAACCGAUUAGUCCUACUUCCAAACUAUAUAGUUUUAAUCCGAUUUUGACGUCAGAUGAUUUAAUCGCUGUCAGAGUGUUAAUAGGGGAAGAGAAAACACCCAGGCAGUUAUGGAAGCUUGGAAGAGUCAUUGAAGUUCACAAGGGGCGUGACAAGAAGUUUUGUCCCACAACCAGCACAUGA